AUGGCGCAUUCCACUGGUGCUCAGACAGCGAUGACGGACGUGGAUUCUCAGCAUAGAGAGAUACAGAUUCCAGAUUACCGAUCGUUGGCCUUGCCAGAAAGCGAAGACGACAUUGAUAUUCGUCAGAAGUACCGCCCAUUCAUCCUCAAUGAAGACGCGGCUGAGGACUGGGUGAACAAUCUGGAGUUGACAACCGUCCUGGAUAUGGCAGAGAAUGAUCUACAGAAUACAAAGAAGAGGCUGAAAGUCCUUGUACUAUACGGCAGUCUUCGGAGAAGGUCAUACUCACGGCUUGUGGCAUUCGAAGCUUGCCGUAUCCUCUUCCGACUUGGCUGUGAUGUGCGCGUCUUCGACCCCGAAGGGCUACCGUUGAAAAAUGAUACCGAUCAUGGCCAUCCUAAAGUGAGGGAGCUCCGAGAGCUCAGUAACUGGAGUGAUGGGCAUGUCUGGGUCUCACCAGAACAGCAUGGCAAUUUGACCGCGGUUUUCAAGAAUCAGAUUGACUGGAUUCCUCUGACCACUGGAAGCAUCCGUCCGACACAAGGCCGAACGCUUGCCAUUGUCCAGGUGUGUGGUGGAUCACAAUCGUUCAAUACAGUUAACUCCCUACGCAUUCUUGGCCGUUGGAUGCGUAUGUUUACUAUUCCGAAUCAAUCAUCAAUUCCCAAAGCAUAUACACAUUUUCCGGAUGAAGGUCAACCGGGAGACCAGCGACUCAUGCCUAGUGGUAAUAGAGAUCGUCUAGUGGAUUGCAUGGAGGAGUUUGUCAAAUAUACCAUUCUGAUGCGGCCUCACAUGGGUCUCUUUGCUGAUCGUUUCAGCGAAAGAGCUGAGAAGAGAUUGAAAGAGGCAAAAAGAAGGAACAAUCCCUGUAUCAUGGAGCAAGCGCUAUUCUUAGCCAUGACAGACCAACUACUUUGUCCAUACUGA